UUCCCCGAUCACAACACAACAUGGUCUGCAAGGUUGUUAUCUUUUCCUGCCUUUUGGCAUUAGCUUAUGGAAGCGUCGCUCCAGCUGCGUUCGCCGCUGCACCAGUGGCUACGGCAAGACUGGAAGAAUUCGAUUCUUUCCCUCAAUACCGUUUCGGCUACAACGUUGCUGACUCUCUCACUGGUGAUUACAAAAGCCAGCAGGAACAACGGGAUGGUGAUCUUGUGCAGGGAUCGUACUCCGUUGUUGAGCCGGACGGCACCCGCCGUGUUGUGGACUACGCUGCUGAUUCCGUCAAUGGAUUUAACGCCGUCGUCAGAAGAGAGCCUUUAGUUGCUGCCGCACCCGCUGUAGUCGCUGAACCAGCCGUUGCUGUUGCCGAGCCUGUUGUUGCUGCUAAAGUGGCACCUUAUGUCACUCAGCCUGCAGUCGUUGCCGCCCGCUAUGCCGUAGCUCCAGCCGUGCCUGCCACUUAUUACAGCAAUGCGGCUGUCGCUGCUGCUAGAUACGCCGCAGCUUCAGUGGCGGCUAGAUACGUUGCUGCACCCGUAGCUGCCCCGGUCGCCGCUCCAGUGGCCAGAUACGCAACAGCAUCGGUAGCUAAUCCAGUAGUGGCUCGAUAUGCCACGGCUCCAGCUGCUCCGAUCAUUACCAACUACCCUGCAGUGGCUAGCUACGCUACAGUUCCAGCACCCGCCGCAUACACAGCUUACUCUUCUCCGGUUUAUUCCUCCGGCUAUGCCCCCGUAGCUGCUGCGUACACCUUGCCAGCCGCCUACACUCAAUUUGCUUCUUUCUUCAACUACCAUAAACCUAUUGUAUCAGUUUUAGAGAUUGGUGAUGAAGAUACUGGUAAUGAAGAUGGUGAAGUAGUCGUUGAAAGUAUGGAUGAAACUUGA